CACAAACGCCAUGUCGUUCCGGCCGGAGCGAUUCUCCGGCGCCGGAAAAUACCACAAGCCAGCUGAUUUUCUUCCGAGAAGGAAAUCGGUCUUAAUCUCCUGCGCCGGAAGUUCGCCGGAAUCGCCACCGAGUAAGCCGGAAAUUGAGCUCGAAUUUAUAGCGCCGAAGCCGGAGAACGACGGGUCGUACGCGGUGGAGAAGGCGACGGCGAUAAGUGGGGAGAAGCUCCUGAGGAGCAUAAUGAAGGAUAACAAGAUCGAGCUUUACGCCACGUAUGGGAAACUGAUGAACUGUGGAGGUGGUGGAAGCUGUGGGACUUGUAUUGUAGAGAUUAUUGAUGGGAAGGAUCUUUUAAAUGAAAGAACGAAUGCUGAACUCAAAUAUUUGAAAAAGAAACCUGAAUCUUGGAGACUAGCUUGCCAAACUAUUGUGGGAAAUAAAGAAAAUUCUGGGAAGGUUGUUGUUCAGAGGAUUCCCCAGUGGAAAAAGUAACAGAUUCCAUGCCAUUGCUAUUAUAACACCUAAUGGUAAAAUGUUUUAACUUGGAAUGCAAAUAUCCUCAUAUCUAUGUUAUUGGUUACUCCAUUGAGUACCACAUAACAGAUUUAGUGUUCUUGUUUAGAGGUCUGUAUCACUAUUACAAUACCAUUUGUAGACAUCUAUAUCAUCAUCUGUCACUACGAAAUGUAUCGUAAUCCAUGUUCAAUUUGAACUGCAAUGCUUGUCUCUGUUACCUACCAAGUACCAGUGUCUAUGGCUAAGCUUCCAUACUUUCUGUGAAUAAGUUAGGAGAUUCAUAAAAAAAAAAGGUCCCGAGGUCAAACAUGAUGUGGAGUGGGGAAGAAGAUAAGGAAGGAGCGCAAAUGGGUGUCUUUGGCUGUUGUA